AACCAGCCUACAAGGAUGAAAGGUAAAGUGGUAAGUGCCACAGAAGACAUAUGAAUAAAGUGUUUCGUGGGGUCAAAGGGGAGAGAAAGAUGACAUCUACUGCAAACAGAAGAGUCAGCCCCCUUCCUUUUGGAACAGCUUCCUCCAACCUUAUGAGAAGUACUAUGGGUAACACAAGAUAAACAGAAGACGUGGCCCUGCCUUUAAAUAAUUUACAGCAUACUUAACAGUUUUAGAAUAUGUUUCAGCUGUUCAUCUGUAUGUUGAUUUGUGGACAGCACAUCUUGGAAGUAAUUUAAAUGACAGAACAGAGGAGCCAUGAUUACAUGGUCAAACAGUAUUUUUAAGGACCCUAGUGUCCUGGUGCCUCUCUGCUUCUCAGAUCUAUUUUCUGCCUUUUUCUGUCCAUUCUGUCUGUAUCCUAGGAGGCUAACCUCUGUGCACUAGAGCUCCUUUGCCAGCUGGCUUCUGGGCAGCUUCAGCCGGUGGGAGGCACUUGCAGGAGGAGAGGGAGGGCAGGUGGGAGUACUGUCUUCCCUGUUCCCUCCCAGCUUUGGGUCCUAUAACUGCCUCGCUCCAUGACAACAGCUCCAACUGAGCAGCCCUUUCUCAACAGCUUGCAGCUCCCUGUGGGUUUGGGUAAUACUUUUUGUUGCCUGUCUCGGUAGCACUAGGGGUGCCCUUGUCAGUUCCCUCAACUCUGUGACACCACACUGUACAGUCUCUUCAUUAAAGUUCUUUUUGUUUGCACUUUCUAGGGCAAUCCUGCCAGACCUUGAUGGAUACACUAAAUAUGUAUAACCAUAACUGAAUACAGUGGUAAUAUUUUUAGUUACUGAACAGAUAAAACCAACUUAGACUCUGGUCACUUAGAUGUUAGCAUCGUGUAUUAUUCAUUUUUUAUAUCCCCAGAGCCUAACAGGAGUGCCUGGUCCAUAGUACGCAUUCAGUGAUUAUUUUUUCAAGUUAAUGAAAUCUUGAGUAAGCCCAAGUGAUUUGUGCUGACAGCAGCGUGCUCUCCUAUUGCUGUUAAAAAGCAUGAGAUUCUGCUCUCCUAUUGCUGUUAAAAAGCAGCUUUUCAGGAUUUCUGUUUCAGCACAGUCAUGGUGUGACGGCUCACGCUGAGCAAGGCACUUCAGCACAUGUCAGCUGUAAUAUUAAAUUAAAUUUGAAGUCUGAACCUUUUAUGUUAUUUUUAAAGCACCUCUUCCCACAUUUAUCACAGAUUUUUAGAACUAGUUUCUGUCUUAUCUUUUCAUCUAACAAUUUUAAUUUAUUUUUCUACUAAUGUUAUUUUUAAAUUAUAAAAUAAUUACAUCUAGUUGUUAAUAAUGCAAGUAUCAUAAGAGAAAGAACUCUCACCUUCUCUGCAUAUCCAUUUCCACUUUCCAAAGGUAACCCUAUCACCAAUUUGUUAAUAGCUUUCCCCACUUUUUUCUCUGCAAUUUAUUACAGAAAACCAUACAAGGGUUUUAUAUUUUUAUGUAGUCAAGCUUAAUAUUUUUAAAACUCUGUGUUCUUCUAGUAGCUGUAGAGUUAGUACACAUUUAGAUUCUUAAUCUUUCUGAAAUUUUAUAUCAGAUGUACAAGGAACUUUUUAAAUUUAAGUAUAAUUGACAUACGUUAUGUAGUUCAGAUAUACAACAUAAUGAUUCAACAGUUCUGUACAUUAUAUCAUGUUCACCAUGAUAAGUGUAGUUAUGAAAACAAUUACUUUUCAAAUGUAUAGCUAGUGAUCCCAUUAUAUUUUAAUGAAUUGUCCAUCUUUUCAUCAUUAAUUUGAAAUGUCCUUAUUUAUGCUAAUUUUUUAUUUAUUUAGCUCAUCCUGGAUCUGUUUCUGGUUUUCGUUCUGUGUGUGUGUUUGUGUAAUCUGUUUUUCUGUUCAUGAUCAUCUUAUAUCAAUGCCUGUUUAAUAUCAAUAAAUAUGGGUUUACAAAUAUGUUUGGAUGUAAUAAUUUAUUUUUCUGGUUGUGUAUACCAUUAAAGAAAGAAUGUUUUUAUUUCUUUGCUUUUAUAUUUAAGAUUAUACAGUUGCUUCUGGAAAUCAUUUUUAGAGUAUUUUUAACCUGAAGAAAUAUUUUUAAGAAUAUAAAAUUUAAGUCUAACCUUGAAAUUUUACAUUAUCUUCAAAGGUUUAUUCUAAAGGUAAGAAAUAGGCCUUUCCUAUUCAUGUUUUUUUUUUUUUAACCAGAUAAAAGGAAAAAAAUGAGAGAAUAAAACCCUCAGUUUUAAUGAAAAUUUUGAAUUACAGGUUACUUUGAUUCCCUGCCUAAUUAAUGUUGACAUCUAAUUAUAUCCAUAACCAGAGAAUACUUUAAAAUAACAACUUGCUUUCUCCUUCCUUUCUCCUGUCCCUUGUCUCAUUUUCUUAGACUACCUAAGAUUAUAAGGAUAUGUGAGGGUUACAGGUUGUAUACUUCCUGCUGUGUUGCAUAUUUGAGGGCUGUAUACGCUCACCUGUUCUCACACAGAUAUUUCUUGAGCUCCUUCAAGGUACUGGUCUUUAUGCUGAAGACCUGGAGAUUACAAUGAGAGUAGAUCUCUCAAAGAUAGAAAAACAUCCAGAUGCAGCCAACCUCCUUCUGAGACUGGAUUUUGAAAAAGACAUUAAGCAAAUACUCGUGUUUCUUAAAGAUUUGGGUAUAGAGGAUAACCAACUGGGAACAUACCUGACUAAAAACUAUGCUAUUUUCUCUGAAGACCUUGAAAAUCUUAAGACCAGAGUGGCUUAUCUACAGUCAAAAAAUUUCAGCAAGGCACAUAUUGCACAGAUGGUCAGAAAUGCACCAUUUUUGCUGAGUUUUUCAGUGGAAAGAUUGGAUAACAGAUUGGGAUUUUUUCAGAAAGAACUUGAACUUAGCGUGAAGAAGACUAGAGAUCUGAUAGUUCGUCUCCCAAGGCUACUAACUGGAAGUCUGGAACCUGUGAAAGAAAACAUGAAGGUUUGUCGUCUUGAACUAGGUUUUAAACAUAAUGAAAUUCAACAUAUGAUCACCCAAGUCCCAAAGAUGUUAACUGCAAAUAAAAGGAAACUUACAGAGAUUUUCGACUAUGUGCACAAUGUGAUGAGCAUUCCCCACCACCUCAUUGUCAGGUUCCCACAGGUAUUUAAUACAAGGUUGUUUAAAAUCAAGGAAAGACAUUUGUUUCUUACGUAUUUAGGAAGAGCACAGUAUGAUCCAACAAAACUUAACUACAUUUCUUUGGACAAAUUAGUGUCUGUGCCUGAUGAAAUAUUUUGUGAAGAGAUUGCCAAAGCCUCAGUACAGGACUUUGAAAAAUUCUUAAAAACUCUCUAGUGUGUGAUGAAUAUUAAGAUGUAAUAAUGUAAAAUGAACGUGUAUAUGAAUGGAUGAUAUAUAUUUAGUUUUAAAUAAAUGCCCAGCCCUCAGUCGA